CGUAUGACGCAAGCAACAGGAAGAACACAUUCAACGGCAAUUACUUUUUAGGAAAGUUUUCACAUCGCAACCAAAACAAAUACUGUAAAAAAUGUAUUUGAAAUUGAGCCACGAUUGAAAUACCAGGCUGGCGUUUUGUUUUACUGCGGUAGACAUUGAGGCACUUUCAACCGUUCAUACUGGAUCAUCUGCUCUGUUUGUUUACAUAAUGAAAAGCUGAGUAGCUAACGUUAGCAACCUAGCUUUAAACACAUCGAGUCACAUGAGCUGUUAAUAUCGAGCAGCUGUUUCCUCGAGUGUGAAUUGACAUUAGUGCAGGAGCCGACGUACCUGAACACAAGGAAGGGGUUGUCCCUUGUCUCCGUGAUCCUUUUAACAAUGCGAAGCUAACGGCAAAUGUGUGGAGCGUUAGGUCAUUUGUUUUGUCACCUGCAAACCUGCAGCUAGUUUCUAAAGGCCUUGCAGCGUCUUCAUGUCAACAUGCCUUGUUCCUGUGGCAACUGGAGAAGAUGGAUCCGGCCGCUGGUCGUCGUGCUUUAUAUAUUGUUGCUACUAGUAGUCCUUCCACUGUGCAUCUGGGAACUGCAGAAGUCAGGGGUUGGCACUCAUAACAAAGCAUGGUUCAUCGCUGGGAUAUUUGUCUUCAUGACCAUACCCAUAUCAUUAUGGGGCAUCCUGCAGCAUCUGGUUCACUACACUCAGCCAGAGCUUCAGAAACCUAUCAUCAGAAUACUUUGGAUGGUCCCCAUCUACAGCUUAGACAGUUGGAUUGCAUUAAAAUACCCCACUAUAGCAAUUUACGUGGACACAUGCAGAGAGUGCUAUGAGGCCUAUGUCAUCUACAACUUCAUGACCUUCUUGCUGAACUACCUGGAGAAUCAGUACCCCAGCCUGGUGUCAAUGCUGGAGGCCCAGGAGCAGCAGAGACACCUUCCCCCUCUGUGCUGCUGCCCGCCCUGGCCAAUGGGAGAGGUUUUACUGUUGAGAUGCAAACUGGGAGUGUUGCAGUACACCGUAGUAAGACCCGUCACCACAGUGAUUGCCUUAAUCUGUCAGCUUUGUGGAGUUUAUGAUGAAGGCAAUUUUAGUUCGAAAAAUGCGUGGACGUACCUGGUCAUCUUCAACAAUAUGUCACAGCUGUUUGCCAUGUACUGCCUGGUUCUGUUCUACCGGGCUCUGAGAGAAGAACUAGGUCCAAUCAAGCCAGUGGGCAAAUUCCUAUGUGUCAAAAUGGUGGUGUUCGUCUCUUUCUGGCAAGCUGUGUUCAUUGCCUUGCUGGUGAAAGCGGGCGUUAUCUCAGAGGAAAGUACAUGGGACUGGAAAAGUGUGGAGGCUGUAGCUACUGGCUUACAGGAUUUUGUUAUCUGUGUGGAGAUGUUUCUGGCAGCCAUUGCCCAUCACUUCAGCUUCAGCUACAAGCCGUAUAUCCAGGAGGCUGAGGAGGGUUCUUGCUUUGACUCUUUCAUGGCUAUGUGGGACGUUUCUGAUGUCAGGGCAGACAUUUCCGAACAAGUCCGCAAUGUUGGGAGAACAGUUAUGGGUCGCCCCAGGAAGUCCUACUUCGGUGAGGUGCAGGAAGACGGGGAGCGAUCUGGCCUGCUCUCCUCGGCCUCCCAGGAUGCCAUCACAGAAGCAGCAGCACACCCUGUGUCUCCCAAUGGUCAGUAUCAGGGUCUUGGCAGGACCCUCACACCGCACUCCCGGUCGGCGCCCGCUGGGCUCAGCUCAGCCCCGUGGGAUGAAGGAUUUGAGGCUGAUCCUGAAGAAAGCCAGGAUGGGGAAAGGUCCGACCAAACCAAAGAACCGGCAGAGGCAGAUCUCAUUGUGAUCACCUAGCCUAUCAUUACAGCCGAUGUUACUAAUCAGACAUUGUUGGGCGGGACCCAAUUACAGCCUUGCCAUGUUACUUCAGACGUUACUGUUCUGAUGCAGUAUUGAAUAAUCCGUUGUUUAAAGGGCACAUCAACAAAGUAAUAGUAGAAGUUUGCAAAUAAAUGCAAAGUCAGAUGGACCUCUCUCCCAUUGACAGCUCCAGGAAUGUUCAGUGAAGUUAUGGCACCAAAUGACUUGUAGAAAGCAAGCAUUUUAUACAGUUUAGUUGUAUAUGGGAGUUAUAUGCCACAGUAGAAGAAGGAUUUUAAAAUUCAUUAAUAUUGGGAAAUAUUUCCACUUCAUCUCGAUGUGUCUCUCGGAGCAAACUGUUGCGUUAGUUUCGAUAAGAAACCAGUUAACCCCUGCUGAAGUCGGAUCAAGGCUUGGAUGAAUAUCUUUUCCAAACGGGAAAUUGUUACUUUUUUUGUGUCAUAUCAGUCAAAUCAAACCUCAAAUGUGAUUAAUUGAAAUAUGCAAUGUUACUUCAUGUUUUCUUUAUUCUAUAUCUUACUUUAUAGGGAUUUAACGGGGUACCGAUUGAAAUGAGUAAUGUUACGUUGCUGAAUCUAUGGUACUAAAGCACAUUAGAUGUCCAGAAUCCUGUAUUUCUUUGGGCCUAUUAUGUAAAAUAUGUGUAUUAAAGAGCAGAAUUAACACAUUUUGAUGAUGCACCGCUACGACUAAACGGUCUCAGUGCAAAAAUUCAUUUCUGACUAGUGCUGAAAGAUGUGCCAUCGCAGAAUAAAAAAACCAUAUAUUUCUUAGCGAACAAGUGUAUACAGGAUGGACAGUCCGAGUGUUAGACAACAACACAAUUCAAUCACUGUUACAAUCAGCACAGUCUAGUUAAUUCCCCAACAAUGCUUAAUGCAUACACUAAACUGAAAUGUUUCAUAGAAAACAUGUUCUCUAAUCUUUCAGAUGCCUUGUUACAUGCGCCGUGGAACUACUGUUGCCACUACAUCGAUAUAGCCUUUAUAUUCCAGGAUCCGUUUUAUUUGAGGAGAUGUUACCCUUUGAUUUGAGCUGGAGUCACCAUUAACUGUCUUCUCUGUGGAUUUUCUGAAGAUUUUUAUCAUUGUUACAUGAUUUCAGCAGGGAUAUUUAAUGUACAGUGUAUGAUAUCAGUUUGAAAAGAUGUAAUUGUAUAGAAAUAUCAGCUUAAUCUGCAGCUUGUCCGACUGAAGCACACUGCCUUAAGGAAUUAUUGUUUUCCAAUAAAACUGACAGGAUUACAUCAGAGCUGAUGUAAAUGGUUCCACAUUUUGACUUAAUUCCCUCUCUGACAGUCUCUGCAAUAAAUCAGAUAAACAACAA